AUGCACAUCACGCGAGGAUCUUCCGUGGCGCGUCCCCUGGCUGGAAUCAUAACCGGUUGCUGCCAAGAUUAUGCCACCUCGCCCCCUCCUUGCGAGGCGGUUCAGGUGAAGGCAGCGCCGCUGCGUAUCUCAAGAGCAGCAGCAGCAGCAACAGCAGCAGGAGAAGCAUCAGCAGCACGAGCAGCAACAGCAACAAGCCUAGGCGCCGCGCGGCAGACGCAGCAUCAGCAGCAUGACGAGCGGUGCAGGCAGCGCCGUCCUCAUCAUCACCAUCUGCGCAUCAUGCCGCCCAACGCCAGGCGCGGGUGCCCCGUACCCCCUCGCCCCGCCCACUCAUCGCCUGCCUCCCACAGCUUCCCUCGCAGCACUUCCCUACCCCUCUGGAAGCUAGCUCCUGCCACUCAUUCCCCUCCUUUCACUCCCUCAUUUCCCUCCUCUCCCGUCUCCGCUGCGGCUCCUGCGUCCUCGCCUCCCUCUUCUCUUUCUGCUUCUGCAAAAGAAUCCUCUUCCUCCGCCAACCCUAUUCACAAUCAGCAUUCAAACCUCCACUUCGUCUCCCUGUCUGAAGCCCCACCCUCCUCCACCUCGCAACUGUUCUCACUCCUCCCUCACCUCCUUGUGCCCACCCUCACCUUCCUCCUGUUCCACAUCCCUCCCUCAUGCCUCCACUAA